AGGCAACGCCAAUCUUCUCCCAGGUACUAAAAUAAUAUGGUGAUCAUCCCUAUAAUGCAUCCCGAUCCCAUGUCCUAAUCAAUCUUGUCGCUGAAAGAUCCCAAAGGAGUAGAACAGUAGCGUCUCUGUAUUAUCUAUCAACAACACCAUGCAGGCAGCCGCUGCACCGGCGCAGGCACGGCCUCCGGCGUCGCGCCACCGCGUUUACACGGCCGUCGAUCCCAGGUGCGUGUGGGCGCGCACUGCGGACACCGACACCCUCGUCGUCGAUGUCUCAGGAUUCAGGAAGGAGGAGCUGAAGGUGUUGUACAACACCAGCCGGAAGCUGAAGGUCACCGGCGAGCGCCCUGUCGCCGGCGGCACAAGGGCACGAUGGGCGCGCUUCCUCAAGUCGUUUCCGGUUCCGAGGAGCGUCGACACCGGCGGCAUCAAGGCCGUGAUGGACAAGGACAAGGCUGUGCUCUACGUGAUCCUGCCCAAGGGAUCUCCGUCAUCGUCCACGGACAGGCAAAAGCACAAGGAACAGCAGCAGCAGCCUGGAAGCUCUCUGCCUCUGCCCCAUGGAGAGCAGAAAGCAGGGACGGGCAAUGCAGAUGGCACGUCAGGAAGCGGCACCGGCGGCAGCUUCAGGACCGCCCAAGAGGAUGCAGAGAAGAACAGGACUGAAGAGAACAAUGUGGUACCUGAGGAGAUCAAGGUGACAAUACAGGAGGAAGAGAUCGCCGCCACACAAGAUGGGCCAAGAACUAAUGCCCGUGCUGAUGCAAAUGCUGUUGAAAAAGAUGAUGAGGAUGAUGACGAGGAAGACGGGAACAAGAGGUGGUGGCAAAAGAUUAGGCCUCUCCAUGUCCUUGGCUUUGUUGUUCUCAUCCUAGCGCUGGUAGGAAUUGGCGCGCUGUGUGUAUUGCUGUGAAGCAUGAGCAAAAAUCAUGUGUGCCGUGUAACCUGCGCACAAGGACACGAUCUGCAUAUAAGCAGACAACUUGUGAACUGAAGAACUGCAGUUGGAGAAACUGAAAGAUGCAAAUGAAUGGCUGCAUUUUCGAUUAAGAUUAUAAUUGUAACACACAUGCUCCAGACAACAGUCUGAAAAGAGGAAAAAGGGAAAAA